AUGGGAUAUGAUUUUGAUGAGUUUCGUCCACUCGACAAGCCGAUUGCCAUUUCAGCUGUUAGCGGUGGCAAGGUUUUGGUAGCCGGAAUUGAGACGAUCCGAGUUAUACUAAAGAACAAGAAGCCAACUCGGAUCCAAAAUGUGCUUUACGUUCCAGAUUUGGAUCGAAGACUUCUGUCGAUUCCAGCGCUGUCUGGAAAAGUGUUUCAUGAAACAUUCGGCAAAGCAUUGUGUAAGAUCAAAAAUGAUAACGAAGUUGCGACUCGAUUGACUCAGAAGGGCAAGUUGUUUGUAUUGAAGUGUAAUCCAGUGGAAUCUGCAAAUACUAGCGAAGAGGUGGGUCAGGAUACCAAACCAGUGGAUCCAAGUGUGUGGCAUGCCCGAUGGGGACAUUUGCCUUUAAAGACAAUGAAGACUCAAGACGGGUGCAUUAAUGGAUUCAAGAUGAAGGAAUCGAUUGUCAUCAAAGAUGACGAGGGCUAUGACAUUUGUAAAGGAUGCGUGAAUGGCGAAUCGUCGGUAAAGCCGUUCCCAAAGUCAAGCUACGGUGAAGUGAAGACCACAUUAGUGCUCCAACUCGUUCACAUCGAUGUGAUGACCCCGAUGGUGAUAAGUCUUAAGGUGGAGCAAGGUUCAUCGUAA